UUACAUCAGAUUGAUACGUCACAGAAUUUUUAAAUUAGUAUAUUUUGUGUUUUUUCAAAACUGUUUUUUGUACUUUGUUUUUUAAAUUUACCAAAAAAAAUGGAAAAACUAUUUAAUUGUAUCGGAUUGGACUGCAUUAGUAAAUCGAGAUUAAAUCAUCACAUUUCCCAUUCAAAUUUCUUUUACAAUGGACAUGCGUUCCAACGAAUUCAACCAUCCGGUGUAGGAAAUGAAUCAUCUCACGAGGCAUCUAUCAAUUUUAAAAAAUCGGAGGAGGCAAUUUUAUAUGAUCCAAUUCUUACAUAUGGCAAGACUCGAAAUAAUCUUCAUACACCAUUCAAACCAAACUUUGUUAAAUUUGAUAAAAUUAUUUUAACAUUUUUCGCAUUUUUUAAGCCACCCGGGAGAGACCCGGAUUCAUCAAAUGAAACUAUGCGACCAAGACGUGUGAACAUAUUAUAUUUCCUAGCUGACGACAGUAUAACUGUUUUUGAGCCAGCAAUUAUGAAUUCCGGUCUUUUGCAAGGACGAUUAGUGCGCCGGGGAAAAGUUUCCAAAAAUUCCAUAGAUUAUUAUUCCUGGAAAGAUUUAAAUAUUGGGAUAGAUAUUGAAAUAAAUGAUUUCAUUUUUCAUAUUACAGAUUGCGACCAAUUCACCAAGGAUUUUUUGAAGAGUCAAGGGGUUGAUUUAAAUAAGGCGGAAAUUUGUACAAGCUUCACGAGUCUUGACAACAUUUCUACAGAAAAUAAGAACGAAAUCUCAAAACAGCCGGCUAAGAAAGACGACAAACUAAAAAAAUUUUUACAAUUUAAUGGAAAAGUUCUAAAAUUCGAUGUUUUACUAUAUGAGCCAAAUCUAGAAAAUGGCAACAACUUAACCUAUACGAUGCUUUAUUUCUUGGAAGAUGAUACAAUUGCUCUAAAAGAAUUGGAAGAGAACAGGAAAGGGAGAGACAAUUUUCCAUUGUUCUUAAAAAGAUCAAAAGUACCAAAAAAUAGAGAAAAGGGAUUAUGUAAAACGAAUCCGGGAACUUUCUUAGUGGAAACUACUGAUGGCAAAUCAGAUAACUAUUAUCAACCAAAAGAUUUUGUAGUUGGAGAAACCAUAAAUGUUUACGGUAGAAGAUUUCUUUUAUUAGAUUGUGAUAAAUUUACCAGAGCGUAUUACAAGGAUUUACUUCACAUAAAUCAGCCAGAUAAAAUCCAUAUACAUCUACCGGAAAAAAAAAUAGGUCGACAGCCUUUACCUGAAUAUCUUGGUUUAGGAACUCCUGAGGAUUCUUUAGCGUCUUACUACGCACUUAGACCGAAAACCCCGCGAAAAGAUUUAAUCAAAUAUUUGAAAAAUACAAAUAAAGUUUUGCGAUAUUUAUGUGUACUAGAUUCUCCACACCCAGAAGAUUCUGUUCGAAAAUUCAUUUUGCAGUAUAAUUUAGCAGAUGAUUCCAUUUCAAUUACAGAGCCUCCACUCAAAAAUUCUGGAAUUAUUGGCGGGAAAUUUUUGAAUAGAUGUAAAAUUAAAAUACCGAAAUGUGAUCCCAAAUCACCUACAUAUUAUACGCCUAAAAACAUCAUUAUAGGUUCGAUUUUAGAAAUUAACAGCCAUCGUUUUCGAAUCACGGGAGCAGAUUUAUUUGUAUACAGGUAUAUGCAAAACUAUCCCGAACUUUUUACGGAUGAAAUGGUACGAAUGGUUCAAGAACAUCUAUUAGCUUCUCCAGAAUUAAAUGACAAAAUUAAGAAGGAAGUGCUGUCUCCUACAACACAAGUCAAAGACAACAAUUGUUUUGAAGAAGCUAAUUGAAAGAAACAAAUUGCAGAAAUCUCAUAUUAAUCUCAAAAACCUAUUUUAAUGUUUUUUUUGUCAAAGUCAAAUUUAAUACAUAUUAGCUUAUGUAC